CGCAAAGUUUCUUCUGUUCGCAGGACUCUGAACGUUAAGUUGGUUGGUUUAUGGUAUAGGAAAGAAUAUUCGCAUAAUCAACAAUAUAUUCAUUUAUUGUUUAAAAUUGUGAUGACAAAUGUUUUAUGCCUGACGUUAGUGUUCAAAACAUAUUUUUGGUAUGUGGUACAUUUGGGAACAGUAAUAUGAGAUGUCGUUGAUCAAUAAUUUAUCUAUGACUAGAAAAUACAGCAAGGUAAACAUGGUUUGACUUUCGUGGUAAUAGUUUGGGAAUACUCAUGUAAACUAUAACACGGAUUAUAUAAUAGUUUAUUAUUCGCAGCUAAUGAGUACGCAUUUUAAACAAGUUUCAUAAAAUGAGCAUAAAUCGUACCAGUGAGAAGAAGUAAAAAUUUAAAAAAGGUCAUGAGCACCGGCAACAGAAACGAUAGUGUUCAUGCAUGUGCAACGAAUGCGUAUUUCCCAUUUACUAUGGGUGAUGCUAUGGAAGGACAUGUCAUUUGGUGUUUGGUUGACCAUCUGAGGUUCAUCGAAGAUUUACGUGAACUGUAACUUCGACCAAUCAAUUGUUUUAAUGAAUCAAAUGUGAUAUAUAAGUAAACCAAAAGCUAAUAGCCAAUUGAAAAUGAUACGUUUAUCACUUACAUCCUCAGUAUUUAUUUUAUUUGCGCAAAUUAUCUUUCGAAAGCAUUUCGUGAGUAGUGGUUUCGAAUCGUUUUAUUAUAAGUCUGACAAUGAAAGUUACCGUGCACCAAAACAUGAGGCAUUAUUGAGAUCUCCGACAGCAGACAGGACUCUACCGGUGUUUCCUGAUAAUUCGAAUACGGUUUAUUUUAUCAUAGCAUUACACGGUGGAGGAAAACUAUGGAGUAGCAUGCUGGCCAGAACUUUAUUGGAUAUGGGAACUCCUUUUACCAAUCCGCUAGGCCCUCCUUUAAAACCAAUUAUUCUUGAUCUGCCUUCAAACGGAAGAUAUACUUCGAAGAUUCUCACCACCCUAUGUGACCUUAUUGAUAGUGUUCCUUUGGCUGGGAUGAUUGUCGUUGGAGAAGGACAAGCUUCAAAAAUGGUAGCACUAGCAGGCAGUUCAAUGAAAAUACCUGUUCUUUGGGCUAAGGGAGGUGUUGCCAGUUUUCAAGGGACAGCGAAUGAGAUUAUAAUCAGUAUCGCACCCACGAACAACAGGUCAGCUUGGAAAUAGAUGACGGAAGUCAGCGGCAUCCAUCGGAAUUCGAAUUCAACUCAUCACUCUCCAACACGAACGCCUUCAUAAAAGCUUAUGUCGAAAUCGCAAGCAAUAUUGCAGCCAUCCUCUCGUGAGAUCUUUGCGGCUUUACAAUCGAUACUUCUAAAGACUGGCUGGUAUUCGUUUUAUAUUCUAUCAGAUAUAAAAACAACAAUGUUGUUAGAGGGCAAUGAAGGCUAUGGACUCAAGAUGAAGCCUUUGCACGCAACCAUAAUACAAUUGCCUACAAAUAGUGACUUAAUCAAGCGACAAUUAGCAAGAAUUUCUCAGUCAACUAGAGGUGUUGUCAUUUUGUUUUGUGAAUUACACGUAGCUCGUCGAAUAUUAUCCGAAGCAAAGCGUAUGAGAAUGCUUAAUGGGCACUUCAUAUGGUUGUGGACUGACACAAAUACAGCAAACGAGUUUUAUGAUUCCGUUCAGAUUCCAUUUGGACUAUUUAGUUCAGAUACAGAGGAAGACGAAUUUCUUCGCAUGAAUAAUCCACUGCAUUCAGUAAAAGAAGACAUAGAAAACGAUUUUUAUGGUGCAACGGACAUUAUUCAACAAUCACAUAUUGCAGAUUUGGUCGAACGAAAAAUGGAUUUUGAAAUUUUUGACGUCAAAUACAAAAAAAACCGUACUACUGUCGAAAACGAAAAUCGUUCUUACAGCAUUGCUAAAUCUGAUAAAGUCAACCUCGAUUUCAACAAUAUUGUGUUAACUAGUAGAAGCGAUGAUUCAUUUACGCGCAACGUAGAUAGUAGACAUAAUAUAUACAAUGAUAACUUGAAUGUUUCUACUAGCAACAACUAUUCUACGAACGAAGAUCCAGAAACCUUACGUAUAAAAAAUGUGGCAAUAGAAGAUGGGCGAUAUUUCAAUAAAGUAAGAGAUACUACAUACAGAACUCCCACUUUUAAAGAUAACAAAUAUAAACAGAAGAAGAAUGUUCAUAUAAAUUCUAGCAAACAAGUCAAUUUUCAUGACUCUAAAACGAAACGAUCUCACCAUGUUUUGAAGUACAUCAAUAUAUCUUCACAUGUUUUAUUUCAUAAUUUUCAAGAUUUACCUGUAGGCUUACUUGCUUUGAGACCAGUAGUGAUGAAACUCGAUAGGCAUUUUGUUAGAUCCGCAGUUAGACUCUUUGCUUCUACAUGGGUUAAAAUCGAACAGGAAAGAGAUACACUAAAAUCCUCAUCAUUGUUAGAUAAACCAAUAUAUAGCGAAUCAAAAUAUUCUUUCCACAAGCAUUACAAGCGAUCUGUAAGCAAUUGUGCGGAUCAAACCUAUACUAAAGAGAAUAUAAACAAUAAUAUAAGACAAAAUAUGGGAGUCAAUAUUAACAGUGAAAUUAACAAUGAAACAAUAACCUAUAGCAUCCCGAAUAAGAGCAAGUCUAAUGUUACAAAAAAAAAACAAAUGGAAAUGGCGGGUAAUACUUCCUACUCAAUCCCUGGUGGCAAGAUUCAAUUAAAUUCGAGUCAAAGCAAUACUCGAAACAAAUUUGUAAUACCGACAAUAUCACUAAAACAGAAACGGCAAAAAACUUGGUGGUCUACAAAAACAUAUGAGAGUAGAGAUCUCAGUGGAGAUCGCAUUCGCAGUAAAGGAGGUUCUCUACGAUACAGCAAUGGAUGUUAUGGAACUGUUAGUCGCAGUGAAAUGAAGAAAGCAGAAUUAUUCAUAAGAUAUUUACAUGAAGGCGCAACUAUCGGUCUAGCAGGUCAAUCAAUUCUAGGACAUCCUGCAGAAAAGUCUUUGAUUGCUAAUUUCGAAAUACUCAACCUAGUUCCAGUCAUGAAACAUGCCACUCCUCAGAAUGAAAUACAACGGGAAGCUCCCGGUUACAGAGCUGAUUACAUAAAUAUAUCGAAAUGGCGUCGCGUUGGAUUUGUCUCUGGUCGAAAUGUGCAUCUAGAUACCAUUGUUUGGCCAAAUGGUGAUAUUGUUGUAACAGGACUACCUUCCAAAGCACGAUUUGUGUUUCGCAUUGUAGUGGCACUUGCACCUCCAUUCGUCAUGGAAACGAAAAUUGGUGAUAACGAAAAGUGCCUUCGGGGAGUGUUAUGUUACCAAAUGUAUAACUCUGGUAGAACAAAUUUGUCCCAUGUGUUCAAUUUGAUUGAAACUCGGAAAAGAUCAGAUGUAACUCAUAAAACUAUUGAUACGAAGGAAGAGGCGCGAACGAAGACGUUAUACAGUACAAGAUGUUGCUUUGGCCUGUCAAUGGAUUUAUUGCAGAAGGUGGCACAAGAUGUUGGUUUCGAAUUUGAUUUGUAUAUUGUGCAUGAUGGUUUUUUUGGACGGAAAAUUCCCAAUAAAAAAGAUUAUUCUAAAAUAGAGCGCAAGAAAAUUGUGGAGUUUUCUAAAUUUGAUGCUCAGUCUGGAAGAAGUUUAAAGAGGGGCUUAAAAUUGUCACAAAUAUUAGACGUUGUGUCUGAAACGAUGGACACAAACGAACAACCAAAACCACUGCAAACACAUCCCAAACAUCAAUGGAAUGGUAUUGUUGGAGAGCUGGUUUCGGGUAGCGCAGAUAUGUCAUUUGCUCCAUUGAGUGUGUCAAAGGAACGUGCAAAAGUGAUAGAUUUCAGUGUACCUUUCUUCCAUGGGAGCGUAUCUUUGCUAGCAGCGCCUCAAUCGAGUCCUGAUGUACCACUUUUAGCAUUUCUUUUGCCAUUUUCUCAUGAGCUUUGGAUUGCCAUAUUUACAUCAUUAAAUAUAACAGCUGUUGCUGUAGCAAUUUACGAGUGGCUAAGUCCGUUUGGAUUGAACCCUUGGGGACGGCAAAGAAGUAAAAAUUUUAGUAUGUCAUCAGCUCUUUGGGUUAUGUGGGGCUUGUUAUGCGGUCAUUUAGUAGCGUUCAAGGCACCCAAAUCUUGGCCUAAUAAAUUUCUUAUUAAUGUAUGGGGUGGAUUCAGCGUUAUCUUUAUUGCUUCGUACACUGCAAACAUUGCCGCAUUGAUAGCAGGAUUAUUAUUUCACAACGAAUCUGGAGGAUACAGCGGACCUUUACUCAAGCAACGCAUCGGUGUACCGCUUGCCACCGCGGCCGAAUAUUAUGUUCAAACAAAUGACAAGAUUUUGUGGGAGCAUAUGAAAAGAUAUCAACUGUUGAAUAUCGAAAACGGAAUCGAACGAUUAAAGAAUGGAACAAUAGAUUUGUUGAUGGCAGAUUCACCAAUACUGGAUUAUUAUAGAGCAACGGAUCUCGGAUGUACUCUACAAAGAGUAGGUGAUACUUACGUCGAUGAUUCAUACGCGAUCGGAAUGAACAAAGGGUUUCCUCUUAAAGAGACAAUCUCUGCACUGAUUUCAAAAUAUUCGAGUGAUGGGACUUUAGAUAUUCUGACUGAAAAAUGGUAUGGGUCGCUAGCAUGCUUUAAACUGGACCGUGACAUAGGUCAACCGAAGCCUUUGGGGGUUAGGGCUGUUGCCGGAGUUUUCCUGCUGUUAGGGUUUGGUAUGAUUUUGGGACUACUGAUACUUGUUUUCGAACAUGUAUUUUAUAAGUAUGCGUUACCAGUUUUAAGACACCAACCAAAGAAUACUGUCUGGAAAAGCAGAAACAUAAUGUUUUUUAGUCAGAAAUUGUAUAGAUUUAUAAACUAUGUUGAACUAGUUUCACCUCAUCAUUCUGCUAAAGAGCUAGUUCAUACUAUUCGACAAGGACAAAUAACUAGUUUGUUCCAGAAAAGUAUCAAAAGGAAGGAAGAUGAACAAAGGCGUCGGCGUAAAAGUAAGGCUAAGUUUUACGAUAUGAUUCAGGAGAUAAGAAGCACUCGUUUCACCUUGGAUUACUUACUCGAUAAGCAAACGAUGGAUGUUUGAUGAGGGGUAUCGUUCGAUCUACUCCUGCCGCCAGACCUCGAUUCACUAGUUCUUUAACUUUCGCUUCUGUUGG